UUUGCUAACUUCAUAUUUAUUUUUAAAUGUAAAAAAUUUUAAUCCAGAAUUGAAAAUUAACAAUUAAAAAUGGAUAAACCACGUCCAUGUGGUUGCAAGGGGCGUAGAACUUGCAUUAUUUGUGAAGACGUUUUUAAACUGACUCAAGACUCGUAUACUUUGGAUCCGCAGUCCCCAACCUACGUAUAUUGCCCAUAUUGCAAUAAGUGCUAUCCUGGAUGGGAUAUGAAUUUAUACAAAAAGCACCCAUAUCACGAAGGAGAAGCAUUGAAUUAUUCAGGUAUAUUCAUUAAGAUGGAUUUUCUGUCUUCUGAGGAACAUGAACGGUUGAUCAAAGGUAUAGACGACAUGCCAUGGGACUUAUCUCAAAGUGGUCGUAGGAAACAGAAUUUUGGCCCAAAAUGCAAUUUUAAAAAACGAAAAAUACGUCUUGGAGAUUUCGGAGGUUUUCCAGCGUUUAGUAAAUUUGUUCAGGAUAAGUUUAAAACUGUUCCAAUGUUAAAAAACUUCCAAACUAUAGAACAGUGUUCUUUAGAGUAUGAUCCAGAGAAGGGAGCUUCUAUUGAUCCGCAUGUAGACGACUGCUGGAUAUGGGGCGAACGAAUUGUUACAGUGAAUCUAUUAAGUGACUCUGUGUUAACUCUAACUUAUAACAAGAGACCUGAAAAGUAUAAUUUGGACUUGGUCUCUUCAUACCCUCAAGUUUUAGAUUACGAUGGAGAUUUGUUAAACUCUAAAAAUAAUAUUUCUUUUAAUAUAGAACCUUUAAAUAGUGAAAUUAUAUAUCCUGUUGUAAGAGUACCCAUGCCAAAGUAUUCUUUACUGGUUAUGUAUGGUAAUGCGAGGUACAAUUACGAGCAUAGAAUAUUUAGAGAAGAUAUAACAGACAGAAGGGUAUGUUUAGCUUAUAGAGAAUUUACACCAACAUAUUUAGAGAAUGGGGCAUAUUUUGAAGAAGGAAAUUUAGUGACUCAGAAAGCAAAGAUAUAUUGGUAAAGAGGACAUAAAAUAGACAUGUAAUUCCCCCCUUUGUAAUAUAAACUGUAAUUCCCA